AUGGAUGAAGUGAGAAGCCAUCUAGAAAAAAACUACCUGUAUCAUACUCUUGUGGUGCUCGAGAUGCACAUUAAAACAAAACAAGACUAUAUUGUCUGUAAAAUAGGCAGUCUGGUAAUCAUUCAGGGCUUUCGAAGCUACAGGGACCAAACCAUCGUGGACCCCUUCAGCUCAAAACACAAUGUCAUUGUGGGAAGAAAUGGAUCUGGAAAAAGCAACUUUUUUUAUGCAAUUCAGUUUGUCCUCAGUGAUGAGUUUAGUCAUCUUCGCCCAGAGCAGAGACUGGCUUUGUUGCAUGAAGGUACAGGUCCUCGUGUGAUUUCAGCCUUUGUGGAAAUUAUUUUUGACAAUUCGGACAACAGGUUACCGAUUGAUAAAGAGGAAGUCUCACUUCGCAGAGUCAUUGGAGCCAAGAAGGACCAAUAUUUCUUAGACAAGAAAAUGGUGACGAAAAAUGAUGUAAUGAAUCUUCUUGAAAGUGCUGGAUUUUCUCGCAGUAAUCCCUACUAUAUUGUCAAACAAGGAAAGAUCAACCAGAUGGCCACAGCUCCUGACUCUCAAAGACUGAAGUUACUAAGAGAAGUAGCUGGUACCAGAGUAUAUGAUGAACGUAAAGAAGAGAGCAUUUCGCUAAUGAAAGAAACAGAGGGCAAGCGAGAGAAGAUCAAUGAGUUGUUGAAAUACAUUGAAGAGCGACUGCAUACCCUAGAAGAGGAGAAAGAAGAGCUGGCUCAGUACCAGAAAUGGGAUAAAAUGAGGAGAGCAUUAGAAUAUACCAUUUAUAAUCAGGAGCUUAAUGAAACCCGAGCUAAGCUUGAUGAGCUUUCUGCCAAACGAGAGACAAGUGGAGAGAAAUCCAGGCAGCUGAGAGAUGCACAGCAAGAUGCUAGAGAUAAAAUGGAG